ACAAAACACUCGAAACGCAAUAUGGGCCGUGUAUUUUUGGAACAUCUGGGGGGAAUUCGUUUGUUCAAUUGUGGCCAGUGUCAAACGAAUCUUACCAAUCGCAAUCAAUUGAUAAGUACGCGCUUUACAGGAGCCACCGGACGAGCUUAUCUCUUCAAACGUGUGGUCAAUCUGACAUUCAGCAGUGUUCAGGAGCGUGUAAUGUUGACGGGUCGUCACAUGGUACGCGAUGUAAUGUGUAAAAAUUGUAAUGCCAAACUGGGUUGGAUGUAUGAAUAUGCAACGGAUGAGGCACAAAAAUACAAAGAAGGACGUGUCAUUUUGGAAUACGCUUUAAUUACGGAAGUAGAAGGUUUUCCUGAAAGUUCAACACCAACACACUAACAGCGAUGGAUGCUUUAAAUA